AGGCAUUAAAGACUGACUUUUCUCCGACCCUAAUUAGAAAUAAAAUUGUAUAAUUAAUAUUUUGAAUUACAUCAUGCAUAAUUAUAUGUUUUCGCGCGGGAAAAGAUAGUGAAGAGUGUUUGUGCUUUCGGAACGUUUUUCGAAACAGUGUUUAUUAUAAUUUAUCAUCCAAUAUCGAUCACGCAUUGAAAUCAUUGGAUUUUAACGACGUUUUUAUUUAUUAUACUUAUUUAUUUUAUAUAUUUUAUACUUCUUAUACAUUAAUUGAAUCACGUUCUCUCUUCGUCGUUGUGGGAACUAACUUAUCGACUACUAUCAUUCACGAUAUGGAAACUGAUGAAACAAGUGGAAAAGUCGAUUUAAAAGAACAGAAGAAAUAUGAGCCUAUUCUCAUUGAUUCGUCCGACGAAGAGAAUGGAGUCGACAGAAAAAGGCAUUCACCCCAAUCAGAUGACGCAGUUGUUCCAAAAAAAUGUUCAAAGACAGAGAAUUCUGUUAAAAAUCUAGAAGCUGUAUUGGAAACUUACGCUGAGAGCAGCCAUCGACAUUUUGGAAGAAAUGAAUUGCAAAAUUUUAGUCGAAAAUCCACCUUUGAGUGCAUUCUCCCCCGAACGCGAUUGGUGUCCAACUAUAAUGUCGUGCACUACAAGGAAAAACAAUCCGUGACAGAUCCUUGUAGAGAGACUGCCAUUCCAACGCAGUCACUUCUUCUUCGCUGGCAGUCAGAGUUGGAAAAGGGGAGAAUCGCUGCUGAAUAUUUUUACAUCGAAUUCUCACAUGGUGUUGCUAAAAGAUACGACUUACAGUACAAUAGUUCUGCAUAAUAUAUAUCAUGCAUAGUAUGAGGGAAAUAAAUUAUGAUAACGGAGGAGAGAAAAACGGAGAGCGACGAAAAUUAUAAUUUUUAAGGUCGGAGAAAAGUCAGUCUUUAAUGCCUAGUCAAAUAUCGAGGUGUAUACCCUGUCUAUUAUUUCCAGGAGGGGCCAUGGCUUAGAUGGAGAGUCCUAGAGUAUUUAAUGCUCAUUUUGAGCGACGCAGACCCAAUUAGGGCCCGCGCUCUACUAGACAACUCCCGGCAACAUCCAACGGCCCACACAGUGUGCCAUCUUCCCAAUUUCCCUCCCAUGGCUUGGGUUAACCCGGGGCUAUGGUAACAUUCUCUCGCCCAUGUUGAAUCGAACCCCGGUCUCCCGCGCACAGAGUACGAGAGCUAUAACCACUAAUCUAAGGCUCUCUAAAGAGUGGGUCUAUGCGAAGGAAAAGUAGCGACCUGUUGUGUUGUUAGCUAUAUCUAGCUAUCUAGCUAGCUAGAUAGCUAUUCGAGCUAUAGCUAUAAUAGACUGGGCGGUCAGGGAAAACUGCUAGCUGAAACUAAGCGAACACUGUUAAUUUGACAUACUGAUCUGAAUUAGAAAAACACCUAAAUUAGCCCCACAAAAUCAUUGAUAACCAACAACAAGAUAACUUAAAACCGAACACUAAAAGAUCAACAAAAAUGAUGUGCUAAUCCACUACAUUUUAAUCAAAUAUAGAUAAAUUUUGCAUGAGUAAGGCACCAGAAGCAAAAAAAUCUUUCAUUUAAAAAAACAUUUAUUGAUUCAUUAUGAAAAUAAACAUCGCUUUGCGCUUACCAAUAACACUCUCCCCCAUUAUGCUUUUUCUUAUUAUGUUACCAAAGACUAUAAUCCAUCAUUUUCACAUUUGAAGGAAAAAUUUCAAGGGCAAUUAAAUUGCUGCUAUAACAUGUUUAUAAAAAUUGAUGUCCCUAUAUGAAAAAUGUUCUAGGCAGAAACAAUCUUUUGUGAAUUGUCAUGACUGAAACCUAUUACCAGGCUUAUAGUAGUGUUAAGCGCAUGAUUUGAUGGUAUUUAACUAAAAAUACAUAAUCGGAGCAACAUAAUCAGGACUGGCUGGCUUAUUACCAUUAAAUCACAAACAUAAUCGGGGGCUGACCGGCUUUUAUAUCAUUCAUCAUCACUUCCGACAAGCAAAUAGCCCUGGUGGCAAAGUUGUUGUGUAAAGUGGCUGCUUAUCUCGAUUAAUUGCUGGGAAUAACUCCCUGUGAUGUGAUAUAGAAAAAGAAGAAAUUUUGAACAGGGCAGUCGAUUCAUACAUGCAGAAGAGGAGGUUUGUCAGCAUAAAGACACCUGUUCUAGUAACAGAUAUGGAUCACAAUACAACAGCGACAACGAAGAGAGUAGUGAUAGUUAUGAAACAGACAGCGAUGUAAAAAUCUUUAGGUUCGGUAAAAAUAUAUACAAGCUGUUGUCUCUAUAAAUAUACAGAGUUUUGGUAGCUUGUGGGUUUUGUUUUUAAAAAUGUUUAAAUAACACUUGUGGCAUAACGAAAAAAAUCCAUUAAAUUCGGACCUGCUAUGGUUUCCAAUUGUUUUGUUAAAUGAAGAAAUUAUCUACAAUUAAAUUCAUGAUAAAAAAUGUCUGUUCUGCCUGUAAGUGCAGUUUUGCAGACUUGCUUUAUCCGUGCUCCCUUAGCGUUCACCUCAGCAUUAGUUAAGAAGACCUGUUUACCAACGACGAAGGGGCGAAGCAAAAGAGAUUUAUGUCUACGUAGUUCUUUUAACUAAGUCAGGCAUCAAUGAAUUAGCUAGGAUGGGGAGGUUGGCUAUGAAUAGGCUUGCUUAUGGAUUAAAAAGACCAGGAUUAUUCAUUAAUUCUCAGAUCUAAAAGUAAUCUGUUAACGUAGGUACGCGGAUCUUCCCGUACCUCACGUAUUUUAGGUACAUGAUAGGGCGUAGGAACGCGAUCGAGUAUCUCAAAAUGAGAAGCCUGCAUUUACUACUUGGUUGUUUGGGGUCUGGAUCAAAGUUGGUUAUUCAUUUUUCACAUGCUUCAUUCAAUAUGGCAGUUUGUUGUGAACAUGGCUUGUAAACAUCUUAUUGCUGAAAUAAAUACGUCAACAAACGAAAAAGAAGCAAAUAAAAAGCUUCAAAAACACUGCGCUGCCGCUCUCCUAAAUGUAAUAAUUGCACGCCAAAAUCAUAGGCGUGCGAUACUGAUUGCACACCUGUAUUAAUGUAGGCGUACGUACCACCGCACGUGGGUGCAAAUAUUCAUGACCAAGACUGCAUCCCAAAAUUUGCUCAUAACUAAUCUCGAUUUCAUGGUAUUCUGCAUUUUUGCAUGCAUGUUAUGUGAAACGAAAUGGAUAUUAGGUCUAUUCGUUUAACUUAAAACACCAUUAUGAUGUAUAAAAGAUUAAAAAUCUUAUAUGCUAUAGGUCUUUUCUAGUAUCUGCAACACCCUCACACAUGUUUGUAAACAUAAAUUUAAUAAAUAUAUAAUUUUAGCUGUUUCACUGGUUACUAUAUAUAUUAUGCCCAUGCCCAUGAAAUUCACCUAACUCUGGCCUAUUUUGUGAUUAUUAAUUGUAGCAAAACGUUAUAGCAUUUU